AUGGCGAAGGCUCUGAUCGAUUUCUUCGACAAGAAAUACAGGAAGAAGAAGAAAGUCACCGUUGAGACCAAUCGUUCAAGCGCUGCCACCAUGGAUCUUGUCGUCGAGGAUGGUGAGGAUUAUGAAGGCGAAGACGCUGACCUUGCAGACAUCCUUGCUGCUUCUGAGACUCCACAGGAGAGGGCUAUCCGCGAAGCGGCUGACGUUGGCCAAUCUGCUGUGGAUGAUCAUGCCGUUAGCAUGACUCGUGCCCGCGCUGUUCGAGACAUGGCAGCUCAAGGGGUCGUUAUAUCUGCUGCACAGCAGCAAUCUGCUAUCAAGAUUUUUCCUAAAAUCAGUGGACUCGCAAUUAAGAUUCGCGACUCCGGCCCUAUACGUCACAUAUGGGACAAGACUGUUGUCGAACACCCUCCAAAUCCAAAGUAUGGCGCCCAGCUUAAGUAUCCCGCUCGACGAAACACUACACGCUGGGAUUCGGAGUUUGACUGCCUCACCUCGAGUCGUGCCUUCGCCGAUGCAUCGAAAGCCAUCACGUCAAAUAAAGACCUCAAGCUUCAAACUUUCAAGUUAACUGUAGAGCAAAACAACCUCGCUAACGAUCUCCAUGACAUGCUUUCGGCCUUCAAGACUAUCACUUCACUCUUCCAAUCUGGUGCGACGCUCAUCAUUGAGGUCCUGCCGGCAUUCCAUGAUCUUGACGUACGACUUAAGAUGAUGGCCAACGACGUGACCCUUGCUCCUGUCUGCCGUGUCGCUGCUUACGCCGCUCAUCUCCAAUGUGACAAGUACUAUGACCUGUUCAGUGAGUGUGAAGCGGUUGCUUUUUGCAUCGCCUGCUGUCCAGACAGAAAGCUACAGUGGUUCCGCGAUCGUGGCUGGAAUGAAGUACAAAUCGCAAAGCUUCGCCAAGAUAUCAUCGAUCGGUUUAGGUCCUGUUACAGAACAACGCCUCCUACCUUGCCAGCCGAAACUAUCACUAGUACAAGUGGUGCGGAUCGAUGGGCUCCGCCUCAGCGCACUCCCAUUUUCCAUGACCCCAACAACAUUGAAACCUAUUUAGAUGCCGACCCUAUUCCGACACUUGUAGACCAGACCGUCCUACAGUACUGGGAUUGCCGUCUCCAGAGGACACCAGACGUUGCUCGCUUCUGCCUAUCGUAUAUCUCUGCGCCAGGCAAGUCCUUCAGUCUGUCUUCGUCUACCCUUGGGAUUUUAUCUCAACCACUUUACUUUACAGCUACUUCUGUUGAGCCUGAGCGUACAUUUUCGAAGGGACGCAACCAGAUUGACUGGAAUCAACAGAGUAUGGGUCAGGAUACGUUCAACCCUCGGAUGGUCAUGGAAUCUUGGGCGGAUGCACCGUGGUUUGAUCUCAAUAUUGCAGCACGAGUUCUUGAAGAGAAUUGUAGACCCUUGAGGUCAAAAACAUAG